CUCCGCCCGGCACACACACGGAGCAGAAAAUGGCAAACGGGAUUCAUAUCGUGUCGAUGGGACUUCUCCUAGCGAUGUCAAACCUCUACUGGGCUACCGUUUUGGGAGGUUUUCUGGAUUGCUUCGACCCAGUGACGCUGGAGUAUCACGGCACGGCGUCUGUGGCUUACCCGAGGGUAGGGAGCAUUGGGCCGUGUCUCCCCUGGGUAAAUGUCACCGAACAGGGCUUCGAUCAUGCGGACUUCCCUCAGGCGGACUUGGUAGAAAACUACUGCCGAUCGAUUGGAAACGGAUCUAGAGGCCCACAGUGUUACUACGUAAACAAAGACGGCAUAAUCGAGCUUGAAUAUUGCCGUGUGCCUCCGUGUAAUGCUCAUGCAGGCUGUAUGAAUGGCACCGGCUCCGCAUACAGGGGCACCGCCAUGUACACGAUUUCUGGAUAUUCGUGUAUGAAUUGGAACGAGACGACAAACAAUGACACCGAUUCUGACGCAGGUUUUGAGAAAAACUUCUGUCGAAACCCGGACAACAGUUCCAGUCCAUGGUGUUAUUUUAUGGAUCCAGAAACCAACACAACACAACGAGAUUUCUGCGGCGUUAUUCCUCAAUGUUCGACGAACGCUCUGACGAUGUUCACUCGAAGCCUUGGGGUUUACAUCAAGGGCUACAACCGGAAGUACGUCACGGGUUUCGACAUCACGGCCGAGCAGUGCGCCCUCUCGUGUCUGGACGAGACCGGCUUUGUCUGUCGCUCCUUCGAGUAUCGUGAGAAGUGGCUGCACACUGACCGGAAGUGCAUACUGACCAACGAGAGCCUGUAUUCCUUAGACCAGAGCGAUGAUCCGACAACGGGAUUUGCAGUCGAUCUCUUCACCAGGAUUGAUACAGUCUGUGACGCCUAUCGCACAACAUCGUUUCCAGAAUCUUGCCCUCUUCCCUUAUCGGAGAAUUUAAAUGUGACGGCUUCAAGCGUGUACAACGAAUCACACUACGACCCGGCCGAUGCCAUUCUGCAUGCCGACUCUUGGUGGCGUCCUACCACCGAUUCAAACACGGAGUGGCUGCAGGUGACCUUCGGUUCCCGGAUGUUCGUCACGGCCGUGGGUGUCCAGGGCGGCGGGGAGAGGGCGCCCUUCUGGGUCAAACGUUUCAACGUGAGCUACAGUCAAGAUGGCCGCCUGUGGUGGUAUACACAAUACGAUUCAGAAUUCGGCUACCGAGCUAAUGGCGAGGCAAGCUGUGUCAACACUGUGAUACUUUCUCCACCAAUCAGAGCCAAGAUCGUCAGGAUAAUCCCAACUCAAUGGAAAGGUCAUAUUACCAUGCGCGUCGCUGUGUUCGGCUGUCUUGAUGAUGACUGCGACAUGUCAGCUGGAAUGGUGGACGGAUCCCUGCAUGACGGUCGAAUCACAGCGUCUUCGUAUUCUGUGUCCGGCCACGCCCCUCACACCGCAAGACUUGACCCCUACAGUGCUCGUGGUUCAUCCGGCUGGAAUCCAUUCACCUCUGACCCAGGCCAGUGGAUAAGGGUAGAGUUCCAGCGGGAACGCGUGGUCCAUACUAUUGUGACACAGGGGUGUGGAGAAGCGAAGGGUUGGGUCACCUCUUACAGCAUGGAAUAUUCAACUAAUGAAGAAGAACUAGGCCUAACGAAGUACCUAGAUGGGGACGGCAGUUUAAAGAUAUUCCAAGCCAAUUACGACGGGUACAGUCUGGUGAGAAACAGGCUUGAGCGUCAUCUCGUCAUGCGGGCAAUAGUCAUAUAUCCCACGACGUGGAAGGGGUAUAUUUGCCUUCGUGUAGACUUCGUUGGUUGCCCUCACAACACUUGCAAUCGGCGUCUAGGUAUGGAAUCUGGUGUAAUCGCUGACUACCAACUAUCGGCUUCUACUGUCUACCUGACUAGCGUGCCUCAGUUAGCGCGUUUACAUCUCUCGCCAGACGACGAUAACCUUUCGAGCGGCUGCUGGCGACCGUCACUCGAACUACCCGAGGAAUGGUUACAGGUUGACCUCCUGACCUUUCACACAGUGACCGGGGUCAUUACCCAGGGGAUCGGCCAGCCCUCUAAAGACCGAUGGGUGAUGACAUAUUUGAUUAAAUACGAGAGUCAGGAAUCAGACGACACUUGGAGGCACUACACAAGCUUGGAUGGGACAAAUGCGAUCUUAGUGGGCAAUGUGGACAGCAAUACGGAAAGUCGGACAAUUUUUCAGCGAUCAUUUGUCACCAAAAAGGUUCGCAUUGUUCCAAAUUCCUGGUACAACACUCUCCCGUGCAUGCGUGUAGAAAUACUAGGCUGUCCUCUCCAAGAGGUUGGUGAAAUUUGCGGUGAGGGCGCUGUUCAAUUCAAUGGUUCUUGCAUCGGAUCUGUGAACAACAAGCGGAGCGACGCCUGUGACGUCAUCUUUGCUGAGGGCGCCAGACUCCUCAAGAUCACAUCCCGGGCCUCUCAGGACUUCAUCGCGCAGAAUUUCCAGGCACUUCGCAUUGAGCAUGUGUCAGAGUACAUCAUUGGUCUGAAGCCAGACACGCGCAACGCCUCGGCCAAUCAGCUGUUCCGUUGGUGGGACGGCACCCCGAUGACGUAUCAGAACUUCUUCAGUGUCGACAACGUCUUUGACGAUGGGGAGGAACUCUGCGUCGCCAUCGAUAUUGCCAGUAGGUUCAGAUGGCGGAUAGUUGAAUGUGGAGAGACUCAACACUACCAUGCCACGAUGUGUCAAAAAGAUAUAAAUGAGUGUUCUCGUCUUGGGGUUUGCCCCUCUACCUGUGAGAACAUACCCGGUGGCUACUACUGCACAUGCCCACAGGGUUACUUCUACAAAAAUGACGAAUGCCAUGAAAUAUGCAGCCAGCUUGAUUUAGACAACUCGGAUUCAACGGUGGUGCAAGGUGGACAAGCGUUUUGUCUUAUUCUUCCCACUGGGAAUGAAAGCCGACUUGAAGCUGAGGCUACGUGCGACACUUUCUUCAGCAACGUGACAGAAAUUAACGAAUUAUCUCAAUUAGAGUUAUCGCACAAGAUAUGGAUAAAUGGUAUAAGUGACAGUGACACCGACGACUGUUCCGUGGCCAGAGUGAAUAACGAUUCGACUUUGGAAAUCUUGGAAGAGAAUUGCAACGAGACUUUUCCGUUUGUUUGCACAAGAGCUUUCACCGAUGUGCGAUGUGGAGAGAUGCUGCAAAAUAACAUAACGAGCAAAGGAACAAACGAUACGUUCGGCUACAUCCGUUGUCUCAACUACCCACCGUGGUAUAACUCUGGUUCCAGUUUUGAAAUUCAUAUCCAAGGACCAAGCCAUCUAGUCGUCAGGUUCAAUUUUCUGAAGAUGAAUUUACGUCGGGGCGUUGGGGCGGACGAGUGCCUAGACUCCCUGACGAUCGUGGACGUAAUUUCCACAUUAGCACGACAACUCGUCAGGGGCCGGUACUGCGGCACCAGGGAAAACCUGGAGGUCAUCACCAGGUCAAAUGACGUCACCGUUACCCAGGAAAUGGGCGAGUUGACGGCGGGAAUGGCGCUAGAGUUGGGGUUUGUCGCUUUCUAUGAAAUGAUCGAUUGCAGCGUAAGAUUGUGCGAUUUGGGAUGCGGCGGUACGACCAACCCAAAUGGCACCAGUGGUAAUCUGACGACGCCACAUUUCCCUGCAACGCUGCCCCCGUUCAGCAUCUGCAAGUGGAACAUUCACGUGACACCCGGCAAAUACGUCAGGCUCUCCUUCCCAGAAUUCCUGGUGGUGGACCGUGAUGACGUCACGGGACAUUGCCUGGAUACCGUCUACGUGCUGGAUGGUCCCGCCCAGUAUGAUCCGACGGCUGUUUCGACGGCCAUCUGCGGCAAAGCGCCUCCAUUGAUUCUUACUGAUAGCUCGAAUAUUUCUGUGGUCUACUGGACGGGACUCGAAUCACAAUCCCUUGGCUUCCGUGCGGAGUACACAGUAACAGAUCUUCCAGGAUGCAGCGUGGGAUCCCACAAUGCCUCCGAACUGAUCAAGUGCAACUUUGACGCCGCUGUUAUCACAAGUCCGGGCUACCCGUACCACUUCUCCCACAAGACGCGCCACACUUGGCAGAUCACCACCUCGCCAGCAACUUACAUCCAGCUGGUCUUCCACGAGUUCCGCGUGCCGUCGGAGCAGGAGUGCGAGUUCAACUACGUCGCCGUCUACGACGGCCCAGCUGCCGAUGGCGCCACCGCUGCUUUACUCGGAAGAUACUGCGAUGGUGUCAUCAUACCAGAGAGGAUGUAUUCUAGCAGGAACAACCUCGCCUUGAGCUUCAGAACGGAUAGCCCACUGGGUUCAAACAGUCAAGAAAGCACAGGCUUCUAUGCUGUCUAUCAGACAUUACGCUUUGAGGCAGCGGUGACUGAAAAUGCAUCGAAUAGUGAUUACCUUUGUCCCGACGGGUGGGACCGCUAUCGUGGGCACUGCUACAGAUUUUACAAUCAGUCGGACAAUCUGCGAUGGACGGACGCGGAGAUGCAAUGCGUUAACGACCAGUCACACCUCGUCAGUAUAAGGGAUAUUAAGGAAGUGAACUAUAUCCACGGCAUGCUGACGUCCGAGUGGUACACAGCUCUGUUAGAUACUUACAUUGGACUGACUGAUGGGUUAUCGGAAGGACAUUUUCGUUGGACCGACAGGUAUCCUAUGAGUUAUGCAGAUUGGUAUAUACCAAGAACGAUUUCGUCAGGCAAACGGCCGCAACCAGACGGGGACGUGCUGGAAGACUGCACAAUGAUCACCCUACACAGCAUCCGGUCUACGGCUAACUGGCAUGACGUCUCAUGCGCCUCAAAGGAUGCUCGGCAGUUCAUCUGCAAGAAACCAGCAGAGUUCAUUGGUACAUUCACUGAAACAGUAUCGAGUACCAAUGCUCCACAUGCUGACGACAUGACUUUGAGUCAGGAAGAAAUGCAGAGCGAGUGCGGGAAAAUCUUGAAACGAUGUGACAACGGAGAAUGCACGCAACUGCCGUAUAGUUGCCCCAACCAGUCAGGUGAUCAGUCAGCUGUACAGACACGUGGUCCAUCCCGUGCCCAAGUCGUUCAAGUGGAGGCUUCAGACGAUGAGUUUGUGUGUUCGACCACUGGCGAGCGCAUCUCCAUUUCAUUCUACUGUGACAAUGUGAUCCAUUGCGCUGACCGGUCGGACGAGACGGCUUGUGAUUAUCCACUGUGCGGACUGGAGGAAUACCAAUGCAGCAACGGCCAGUGCGUCGACAAAAGCAAACGAUGCGAUCUGAUUGAAGACUGUGCAGACAGUACGGACGAGUCACUCUGUGCGAUGUGUAAUCGUGGAUUCCAGUGCUACGACGGUACAUGUCUGUCAGAGGGAGCAAUCUGUGACGGGAUGAAGCAUUGUCCUGGUACUCGAUGGGAGGAUGAACCAUCCGAUUGUUGGCGUGAAUGUGAUAUUACAUAUCAACUCACAUGCAACAACGGCGCAUGCGCCAAUCUGUCCACAACUUGCCUUUAUGACUUCGAUGAGUAUGGCCUGCAGGUUGGAUGCCGUGAUGUCACACAUUUGCGUUUUUGUGAAUCAUUCGAAUGUCCUGCAUGGACACUAAAAUGUCCUUCUUCCUAUUGCAUCCCACUGCGCAUGCGUUGUGAUGGUAGAUUCGACUGCCCGAACGGAGAAGACGAACUGCAUUGUGAUGAAUUCCACUGUCCUGGAGCAUACCGUUGCCAUGGUGCUUCGUAUUGUGUCUGGCCAGAUAAAGUCUGCGAUGGUGUUGCUCAGUGUCCGGAACGCGAUGACGAAUUCUACUGCGAUGUAACAUGCCCUGAUGGUUGCCGUUGUCAUGGUUACUCAGUGGAAUGUGAUGGUAUAGCUUGGUCGGCAUCGGUUGCAUCUUUGCUUCCAAAUAAGGCCAGGCUCAUCAAAUUAAAAUCCUUACAACAUAGUGAAGGGACGAGACGUAGGCGAGAUGUCAUUGAAACAGCAGAAACAAUACUACACUUCGAUCUGGGAGAUUUUCCCUAUCUGGCGAACCUAGACAUCCCACAUAACGGUAUACGCGAAAUCCCAUCGGGAAUUUUCAAGAAUUCAACGAAUUUGUUGAAAUUAUCACUUGCAUUCAAUCAGAUCCAUCAUCUAGAGCAACACACAUUCCAAGGACUGAGACGUCUUGUAUUUCUGAACUUAACUGGGAAUCCUUUGACGCUAAUUGACAGAGGGGCAUUCAUUGAUCUUAAUGUCCUGCCAUCACUGGAACUAUCAGACCUUCCGAUAGACACGCUGGUUGAGGAAAUGUUUCAAGGUCUGGAUUCGUUGGAAAAUCUAUCCCUUUACGGUUCUUCCCUGGUGAACAUCGAACCAAGGGCGUUUGUUGGUCUGGGUAACCUCAAUAUGCUAGACGUUCGUCACACGUCCAUACAAAACGUUGCUGAGAAUAUGUUCCUCGGGUUGGAUCGAUUGCAAACUUUGUUUUCUGACAGGUACGUCUUUUGUUGUCUGAUUGGUGACAUAGAAGAAUGCACACCACCGCCGGAUCAGUUCUCCUCGUGUGAGGACCUCAUGCGCAACAACAUACUGCGCACCUUCAUCUGGAUCCUCGGUAUCAGCUCACUGCUAGGCAACACCCUGGUCCUUCUCUACCGUCUCAAGAGAGGCGGGAACAACGAGAAGAACAAAGUCCAAGCGUUCCUGAUUCUCAACUUGGCAGUGUCAGAUUUCUUGAUGGGUGUGUACAUGUUAAUCAUCGCCAGUGCCGACCUGAGAUUUAGGAACGUCUACAUCUUUCACGCGGCGGAGUGGGAGUCGAGCGCCCUCUGUAAGCUUGCAGGUCUGAUCUCAGUCCUGUCCAGCGAGGUGUCGGUCAUUAUGUUAGUGGUCAUCAGUCUGGAUCGGUUAUGGUGCGUCAUGUUUCCACUCAAGAAUAAAUACUUUGGUAUCAAGUCGGCCAGAGUGGUGGCAGCGGUGGGAUGGACAGUGAUGCUCGUGGUAAGCAUCUUACCUGUGCUGGGCCUGUCGUACUUUGCCGGGUCCUUCUACGGUCGGACCGGAGUGUGCCUCGCUCUCCCACUCACCCAGGACAAGCUCCCGGGCUGGGAGUUCUCCGUCUCUUUCUUUCUCUUCUUCAACGUCAUCUGUUUCAUCCUCAUCUUGAUCUGCUACACGGGGAUCUACCUGACGGCCCGUCGCACCUCUCGCAAGAUCCGGUCAAGCAUGAAGUCGCAGGAGAUGAAGAUGGCGGGAAGGAUGUUCCUGAUCUUAUUCACGGACUUUCUGUGCUGGAUGCCCGUCAUCAUCAUGGGAAUACUCUCUCUGGCUGGAGUGCUCGUUAUACCAAGCGUGGUCUACGCAUGGACAGCCGUCUUCAUCCUUCCUAUGAAUAGCGCCCUCAAUCCUUAUCUUUACACAAUAUCUGCCAUGCAGUUGAGGAAUAGAAGAGUCGGAGUAAAAAGGGCCAAUACAAUCGUUUCAGGUGAUGCCAUGAGGAACACCAACGGCUCCCCGCUUCGUUACCGCCUUUUACUCUCUGAUAUCACGAGAGGGCAGCAGAUGAUAUGCCUGGAAGGGAACCAGUUAAACCAGCUGGCAACCGAGCUACGCAACACAGUGAAGGGCUUACACAGCAAAGGGAUUUCUGUCGGGGAUAUCUCGCAGAGCAAGAUAUUGUUUUACCAGGUCGAAAGUUCAUCUGCUAUGGGUGUUGCGUGGUGUGCGGAGCUGCUCAUGCCCAAGGCUGAGGCGUUGUCCGUCGUGAACGUUGGGGGCGCUAGCACAGACGCCUUUGAGUCAGAUCUGAGGCAACUUAACCAGAUAGUCGCGAUUAUGAGGAGGAAACUCGGCAGACAAAACAGCUCAUCUUUAACUUGAAACUUUUGUCUGGUGAUCUUCAUCAAUGGUGUGACACGGCGGUUGAUUCGGGCGCAACUGAGCGCGAGAUGUGACAGUUUACAACGAGAUUAGUGCGAGAAAUCGAAGCUUCUGUGUCUUUCAAGAAACGUAAAGUAUAUGUGGAACGUCCUCGUCCAGAUCGUUGACUGUCCUCGCGGACAGACCGCAAAAAGUUCCUAAAAGCCUUCAUGUCUCUUAAAUUGACGUCAAAUUUUAUUUUAAAUGUUUUUUAUCUUAACGUCCCCACGACCUAUAGUUUAUAUUGCUAUAUGGGAAGAUAAGCGAGUCAGGGUUUGGUACCAAGGCGUUGAUAUAUCACAAGAUGACGGUGCUUUGAUCUUUCAGCGCCAUGCAGGAGCAUGGUACUCCUCGUGACCGAUAUUCAGUAUCCUAUAUUUAGGAACCCCCGCGAAAAUGAAAUGGGGUGAAAUUAAACCACCUGGUGAACAGGCUAAAUAAAAAAUAAAUACACACUAUUUCUUAAUGUAUCUUUCUACAACGGGGUUCAGUGGUCGUCACAUAAAGUACGAAAGAGUUGUGUUAUUUCUCUGAUCUUUAGAAACUGAAAUGUAAAGAACAAGUUUAAGGAUGAAAAUACACUUACAAAUUAAGAGGGUGUAAACAUUCAUUUAUAUAGAUAUAUGAAAUAUUUGCUUUUCAUGCGAGCUAAUUACAGUUAUAUUAAACUUACUAUUGAAAUGUCAGAAAACAUGUCUAAAUGGCGUAGCUACAAACAUCAACAAUAACCUUAAAAUGAAUUGGGAUGAAAUUAAACUACCUGAUGAUCUAUGAACAGGCUAAAUUAAAAAUAAAUGCACACUAGGAUCUCUUGAUUUAUCUUUCUACAACGGGGUUCAAUGUUCGUCACAAAGUACGAAAGAGUAGUGUUAUUAAUUUCUCUGAUCAUUAGAAACUGAAAUGUAAAGAACAAGUUUAAGGAUGAAAUUCACUUACAAAUUGAGAGAGUGUAAAUAUUCAUUUAUAUAUAUGUUAUGAAAUAUUUUCUUUUUAUGCGAGCAUACAAUUUAUAACUAACUAUUGAAAUAUCACAAAACAUGUCUCAAUGCCGUAGCUACAAACAUCAAUAAUCACCUUAAUUCUGUAGCAAUUAACUGCAUCCAAACAGUUUUCUUCUGUAAUUCUACUGAAAAAUUCAAUUCGAAACCGAGUAAUCUUGACGUAUUUUGUUAUGGCUUGCCAAAUUGGAACAAAGCAAUACCAUUCUUGGCGCAAUCUGUGAAGGUACACGUUCCCAUCUGCAAUCAUUAUUAAAACUAAUAACUGCUAUAAUUGCCUGCAAUUGGUGCGAUAAAAUGUUACAGACAAAAAUGAUGAACAUUACCGUGGUUAAUCUUUGUCGCGACUAGUCGUUAAAAAAGUUGCUAGGAUACGAUACACUGAGCUACAACUACGUUAUUACAAAAUCGACGAAACCACAACAAAGCAUCAACAAAUAAGUCAUAACUCUAAAUGUGAUGCUUCAAACCUUUGAUGUUGCUAUUAUGUACUAAUGAUGAUAAUUAAAACACAGCUGAUGAACAAAA